GUACGCGUCUGGAUCGCCAGAUUCCGGGCCGACAUAGCCGCCAACGCGGCAUACAUCGGCGUCGCCCUUUGCCUCUGGAUGAUAGCUGAGCAAGGGGGCGUGUGGAAGUGGUGGGCGCUGCUGGUCGGGGUGGUGCUCGGCGCGGUGCUCGUCUUCAAGAAUGUCAUCGGCUUCUACCAGGAGAUCGCUCCCCUGGUUGACGACGACAACCUGCUGGCCCUGAUAUCCGAGAACGUGGACGGCGUGAAGGCGAGGAUUCACGACGUGGUCUACUACAAGCUGGGAAUGGUGUUGGUCGUCCGAGAUGAGCUGUACAUGGAAGGCUGGAAAGCUACGGAUAAGGCAUCGCGGGAACUUUACAAAGAGGCGGAGCUGGAGGAGUUCGUGUCUGGCGUGCUCCGCCAGGCCGUUGACAAGGCUGCGGCCAGUGUUACGAGCCGGCCGCAGCUGUCGAGGCUGGCCCCGUGGAUCUUCCAGACGCGCCCCAGAUUUCUCAGCGUCUGCGCUACGGCGCUGGUCCUCCUUGUGCUGGCCAAAAGCGUUGUGGACUUCAUCAAUUGGCCACUGGCAGACCCCGCCUGGGUCAGCCCGUUCGAAGAUCAUUGGCCCAGCGGGGGCAGCUACACCUGCUGGAGCAAUGUGUGCACCGAGGACGGCAAGAAGGGGUACUGCCACGGAGCCGUGUACUACGCUAGGAAGUUCGCGGACGACAGCGGCGAAGCGUACGCGAAGCUCAGCAGCGUGAUUGCAGGCAGGCAUGGACCCUUCGCCCAGCUGGACGCCGCGGGGGACUACCUGUGCCACGCUGUGGCUCACUUCCCGCCCGUGGACUACACGAUGCACUGCAUCUGCGACCACCAGCCCGCCUCGAGGCGCCUGGAGUGGGCGGAGUCCAGCGACAUCAC